UCCCUCUCUCCGUUGUAGCCAUGGAAGAUACAAGUGAAAAUCCUCACAAGGUGAAUCUCAACCCUUCUAGAAGUUUCGGAACCGUUCUGAAAUCCUCCCUGAAAGAGACAUUCUUCCCCGACGAUCCGUUCCGCCAGUUCAAGAACGAUCCGCCAGCCACUAAGGCGCUUGGGUUCUUCAAAUACUACAUUCCGAUAGUAGAGUGGGCCCCCAAAUACUCGUUAAGUCUCUUCAAAUUCGAUCUUCUUUCCGGGAUCACAAUCGCCAGCUUGGCAAUCCCUCAAGGGAUCAGCUAUGCCAAGCUGGCCGACGUCCCUCCCAUUAUCGGCCUCUAUUCGAGUUUUGUACCGCCAAUUAUUUAUGCGCUCUUCGGUAGUUCUAAGCAUCUUGCAGUUGGAACUGUUGCGGCUUGUUCAUUGCUUUUGAAUUCUUCAGUUGGGGCUGUAGCAUCUCCCACCGAGGAGCCGACACUGUAUCUUCACUUGAUUUUCACAGCGACGUUCUUCACUGGAAUUGUUCAGACAAUAAUGGGUCUUUUCAGGCUUGGAAUUGUUGUGGAUUUUUUAUCGCAUUCCACAAUCCUCGGAUUCAUGGCAGGCACUGCAACAAUUGUUUGCCUUCAACAGUUGAAGGGCAUACUUGGGUUGACGCAUUUUACAACUAAAACUGAUGUGGUCUCAGUGCUGCAUGCGGUCUUCUCCCUAAGGAAUGAAUGGAGAUGGCAGUGUGCAGUCGUAGGCAUCGCCAUACUUGCAUUCCUCCUCGGCACUCGACAAGUGAGGAAAAGAUGUCCCAAGCUAUUUUGGGUAUCAGCCGUUGGUCCGUUGCUGGUCGUGGUCCUCGGCUGCCUUCUCGCGUUUCUCCUCCAUGCCGACAAACAUGGCUUCCAGAUUGUGGGCCCCUUGAAGAAAGGCAUAAAUCCGCCUUCUAUAAAGCUUUUGAACUUCGACUCUCGUUAUAUUGCAGCAGUCGUUAAGGCCGGGACAAUUACCGGCAUUCUAGCUCUAGCGGAAGGAAUAGCAAUUGGAAGAAGCUUUGCAGCAAUUAAAAACUAUAAUAUAGAUGGGAAUAAAGAGAUGAUAGCUUUUGGUUUGAUGAACCUUGUGGGCUCUUUAACUUCGUGCUACCUGACCACAGGGCCAUUUUCCAAAUCUGCGGUUAACAGUGACGCGGGAUGUAAGACGCAGAUGUCGAAUGUGGUGAUGGCGAUUUGCAUGAUGUUAAUUCUCUUAUUCCUAGCUCCUCUCUUCAGUUAUACUCCUCAAGUGGCUCUCUCUGCAAUAAUCAUGGCCGCAAUGCUUGGGCUCAUCGAGUACAAGGAAGCUUACCACCUAUUCAAGGUUGAUAAAUUUGAUUUUAUCAUUUGCAUGGCCGCCUUUUUCGGCGUUGCCUUUAUGAGCAUGGACACAGGCCUCAUGAUAUCGGUAGGAAUUUCAUUAUUGAGAGCACUUUUAUAUAUGGCUAGGCCUGGAAUUUGCAAGCUUGGAAACUUGCCAAACACGCGGAUUUAUCGUGAUAUGGAGCAAUAUCCCGGAGGAAAAGGAGUCCCAGGAAUGCUGAUUUUGCAGUUGGGAUCCCACAUUUAUUUCGCAAACGCAGGUUAUGUAAGAGAAAGGGUAACAAGAUGGAUCUAUGAAGAGCAAGAUCUCAUUAGAACUCUCAAUGUAGAGGAUCUGCAGUAUGUUAUACUUGAUAUUAGUGGAAUUGAAACCAUUGACACAACUGGGAUUGAGAUGCUCGAGGAACUCCGCGUAGGCAUAGAAAAAAAAGGGAUUAAGGUAGUAUUAGUGAAUCCAAGGAUGGAACUGGUAGAGAAGUUUGCAGUGUCUAAUCUUCUCGAUACAGUCGGGAAGGAGAUGAUAUACCUAACAGUGCCUGAGGCCGUUGCUGCAUGUGAACACAUGCUUCGUACUUGGAACAAGAAAGAUGGUUAG